GCCCCGCCCGCCGGUGCCGGUGCCCGCAGGUCCGGGCUGGGCUCGCAGCGCGGCGGCUCUGUGCCCUCCCGGCGCCGCGGGGAUGAGCGCCCUCGCCUUCGAGGAGGCGGCCCUGGACGGGCUCGCCCCGACCCUCGGCCUCGCCGCGGGCAGCGAUAUCGACUCGGCGCUGCUCAGCGACAUCGAUGACAUGCUCCAGCUGUUCAACACACCGGACAACGACUUCUCAAGGCUGUUUGACUCUCCAUUUGGUGCCACUGACAGCGCUGUGCCCGGGGGGCUCCCCUCAACCCCAGACACCCUCAGCACCUACCUGGGACCCAGCAAUGCGCCCCCCGCCACUCCUGCUGGCAGCGUCUACCCAGGGUCCCCUGGGAUGGCAACCUUCGCCCAGCAGCCCCCAGCCCCUCUCCUGCCCACACCAGCUCCGGGUGUCAAGGAGGAGCUGGUGGCCGUGCCCAGCAGCCAGCCCGGCGUGAUGCUGGCCCCCAGCUUUGUCCCUGCGUCCCCUGGCCAGUUCAGUCCGCAGCCCUUGGGGGGCUACCAGAACCAGCACAGCUUCUCCGCUGUGCAGCCCGGGGCUGCGGGACAGACCCUGCCCAGCCCCAUUCCCACCCCACAGCCGAGCCAGCCCGUGGCGCUGCCUGGCCCCGUGCAGAGCGUGGCACCCCAGCAGCUCCUGGCCCCCACCGCCCAGUCUGUCUCGCCCCAGAUCCAGCCGGUGCCGGUCCUGCUGCAGCCCCAUUUCAUCAAGGCUGACUCCCUGCUGCUGACAGCCGUCAAAACGGACGCUGGCAGCGCCAAGACCUCCAGCAUCGCCUCUCUGGCCACCAGCGCCAGCAACUCUACCACCCCGCUGCAGGUCCCGGCGCUGGUGAGCGGAGGAGCCAUCCUGGCCACGGUGCCGCUGGUGGUGGAUGCUGAGAAGCUGCCCAUCAACCGGCUGGCACCCAGUGGGAAACCAGCGCUGGUGCAGAGCAGGGGGGAGAAGCGCACGGCGCACAACGCCAUUGAGAAACGCUACCGCUCCUCCAUCAACGACAAGAUUGUGGAGCUCAAGGACCUGGUGGUCGGCACCGAGGCCAAGCUCAACAAGUCAGCAGUCCUGAGGAAGGCGAUUGAGUACAUCCGCUUCCUGCAGCAGAGCAACCAAAAGCUGAAGCAGGAGAACCUCACCCUUAAGAUGGCCAUGCAGAAGAACAAGUCCCUGAAGGACCUGGUGGCCUCCUGCAGCAGUGGGGACAAGGCAGAGGCCCCUAUGGAGGUGGUGAAGGCAGAGGUGAUGGAGAUGCUGACACCACCACCCUCGGACGUGGGCUCACCGUCCCACAGCAGCCUGCUCUCGCUCAGCGGGGGCAGCAGCAACAGCAGCAGCGACUCGGAGCCUGACAGCCCCCUCUGUGACCAUGGCAAGGUGAAGCAGGAGCACCCACCACCCUCGCCCAGCAGCCAGGGCAUGCUGGACCGCUCCCGCAUGGCCCUCUGCGCCUUCGUCUUCCUCUGCCUUUCCUUCAACCCCCUGGCCUCCCUCCUUCGGGGCUCCAGCGCCCCGAUGGGGAGCCUGGGCACCGCUGGCCCUGGCAGGAGCAUCAUGGCUGAGUCUGGUACUGUGGAGGAGCCGUGGGGGUGGGCGCAGUGGCUGUGGCCCACGCUGGCUUUCUGGGCAUUGAACGUGGUGCUGGUGCUGGGGGCGGUGGUGCGGCUCUUCGUCUGCGGGGAGCCCGUCACCCGCCCCCACUCCGAGCCCUCCAUCCUCUUCUGGCGCCACCGACGGCAGGCUGACCUCGACCUCGACCGGGGGGACUUUGCCCAGGGUGCUCAGCACCUGCGGACGGCGCUGGGCGCGCUGGGACGGCCGCUGCCAGCCUCGCACGGGGACCUGGCGUGCAGCCUGCUCUGGACACUCCUGCGGCACCUGCUGCAGCGCCUCUGGGUGGGUCGCUGGCUGGCUGCCCGCGCCGGGGGGCUGCGCCGUGACCCCCCGCCCCGCGACCACGUCCGACAGAGCGCCCGCGACGCUGCCAUGGCUUAUCACCGCCUGCACCAGCUGCACCUCGCAGGGAAGCAGGCUGGGGGGCACCUGCUGGCCAUCAACCUGGCGCUGAGCGCCGUCAACCUGGCUGAGUGCGCCGGCGAUGCCGUCUCUGUGGCCGCCCUGGCAGAGAUCUACGUGGCGGCCGCCCUACGGGUCAAGGCCAGCCUGCACCGCUGCUUCCACUUCUUGGCUCGCCCCUUCCUCUGCAGCGCCCGACGCGUGGCCCUGUCCCACGGCGGGGCUGUGCCCCCUGCCAUGCAGUGGCUCUGCCAUCCCUUGGGCCAUCGCUUCUUCGUUGAUGGAGACUGGGCUGUCAAGGGCGUCCCUAGGGAGACCAUCUACAGCUCUGCUGGAAAUCCAGUGGACCCGCUGGCGCAGGUGACCCAGCUCUUCCGCGAGCACCUCUUGGAGAAGGCGCUGUGCUGCGUGGCCAUGCCUGAACCCGGCCGCCCCACUGCUCAGGGAGAAGGCAGGCACUUCUCUGAUGCUCUUGAGUACCUCCAGCUGCUCAAUGGCUGCUCCAACGCCAGUGGUGCACCUGGUCCCGCUCCCUCCAUCAGCUCUGGCUUGGCGGCUGUCACAGGCACCGACCCCGUGUCCAAGUGGUGGGCGUCCCUCAUUGGCACAGUUAUCCACUGGCUGCAAGGAGAUGAGGAGGGGGCUGAGCGCCUCUACCCGCUGGUGGAGACCAUGCCCCGGGUGCUGCAGAGCUCUGAGAAGCCCCUGCCCCGUGCCGCCCUGCACUCCUUCCGGGCCGUCCGGGCGAUGCUGAGCAAGCAGGAUGGGAGCCAGGCCAGCCUGAACCACUGCGAGAAGGCCAGCAGCUGCCUGCGGGAGAGCCUGGAGCUCGGCAGCCCCCCCAAGGGCACCAUUGACAAGGCUGUCCAGCUCCUGCUGUGUGACCUGCUCCUCGUCACCCGCACCAACCUGUGGCAGCAGCAGAUGAGCGUCAGCCAGCAGCGCAGCUGCCAGUACCAGGCGUCUGCCCUUGAGCUCCGCGGCUUCCAGCAGGACCUCAGCAGCCUGCGGCGCCUGGCCCAGACCCUCCGCCCCGCCAUGCGCCGGGUAUUCCUGCACGAAGCCACCGCCAGGCUCAUGGCUCGGGCCAGCCCCACGCGCACCCACCAGCUGCUGGACCGUAGCCUGCGGAGAAGAGGGGUGCAGGGCAGCAAACCAGCUGGCGAGCCGGAGAGCCACCCCACGCCGCGGGAGCACGCCGAAGCCCUGCUCCUGGCCUGCUGCUACCUCCCACCCAGCUUCCUCUCGGGCCCCGGGCAGCGCGUGGGGAUGCUGGCCGAGGCCGCUCGCACCCUGGAGAAGUUGGGUGACAAACGGACGCUGCAUGACUGCCAGCAGAUGAUCAUCAAGCUGGGCAGCGGCACCACCGUCACAUCGGGCUAGCGGAGAAUCGGGGGGCACGCUGCCAGUCCCCCUGCCAGCCCCUCCCCGGGGUCUGGGAUGUAGGGAACGGGGGUGGCAGAGCUGCGUGCCUCAGUUUCCCCCAGGACAGGAGCCCCGGCUGUGAGAUGGUGUUAGGGAGCAGUUUUGAAGGUGGGUGGGUGGGAGGAGCAGGGGGAUGCCUGGUGCACCCAAGGUGGGCUCAGCCCCUCCAGGGCUCUGUCCCUGUCCCCAGUCUGCUUGGGUGGUGGGAGGUGGGGACCUCUAGUGACACUGUCACAGUAUUGCACGGCGCUGGGAUGCUGAACCAGCCUGCCCCAGUACCCCCCAGUAUCCCCAGUGCCCCAGCAAAGGGUGGGUGCCCGUCCUCCCCUCCUCUCCCGGUGUCCCUAUCCCACCCGUGGGUUGGCAAGAGGGGACUCCCAGCACCGACCAUCCCCACCUCAGUUAGGAGCUGCCACCACUGCCCCCCAGUGCUUCAGAAGAGAGGGCAGGGUGACACAGGGCUCCUGGGGGGGCUGAUGGGUGCCCCCCUCCCCUUGCUGACUCCCCCUCCUUGUAUAUAGCCCCCCGCCCUAGUUCGCCCCUUGCCUUGCCUUUUUAAACAGUAUUUUCAUAGUUGAAGAGUUUUGUACAGACAAUUAAAGCUGAUUAUUUAUACUGGUGUGUACUGGACUGGGCUGUGGGGACACACACCGAACUUGAGGGGCACACAGAGCCUGGCUUUGGGGCAAGGGGACCCCAGCCGCUCAUCCUCUUCAUCUGAGCCCUCCGGCUGGGGCAGCUGCGUGGGAUGGGGAGGGGGAAGAGGGUGGCGAGGACGGGGACAUUGGGUGCCAAGUGACUCCAAACACAUCCUUCUUACCCCAAGAUACGCUGGGGCUGCUGUCACACCCCAGCCCCACCUCAGCAUCCCCUCCAGUGAGACCCUCGUGUAGGUGGCACUUGGGGACAAAGGGGCACCUGGGGGGCUGGCACAGCCUGGAGGGAUCCCUGGAGAAAGAGAGGCGACGAGCAGGGCGCCACGUACUUCCAAAACAAUCGUUGUAUCUUUAUUGACGCUCUGAAUGCAAUGACCUGUUUUUUACUCUUAAGGAAAAUAAACAUCUUUUAGAAACAGCUUGUUACACACAAUCUUCAGUGUGAAGCAAUAUACUAAUAAGAACACUAGUCUUAACAUUUACAGUCUUCAUAUAUAUUAUAUAUAUGUAUAUGUAUACAUAUAUAUACACUAUAUAAUGAGGCAAUAUAUAAUACACACGGUUUACCAUUUUACAGUCAUAUGUACAAGAUGUCACUAAAAAUAGCCAGAUUUCAGGCAACGCUGCCAGGGACACCGGGAUUUUUAUGUUAUUUUUUUCUUUAAAUUAAUUAUUUUUAUUCUUCUUUCUCUUCCCCCCCCUCCCUCCUUUUUUGUGUUAUUUUUUUUUGCUCCCGUGUCCGAGACAAGCUGCUGAAACGACAGACAUUGUGUGGCCAGCAAACCUUGAGGGUGAGGGCUGGGUGGGACGGAGGGGACGCGACAGCCGGCGGGGACACGGGGUGCUGGGAUUGUGGGGGGACAGAUGGGGCCAGGGCUGCACCCUCUGCUUUGCAGGGUGCGUCGCAGGAUGAGGGCAGCUGGCGGCUCUGCUUUUAGGAUGGGCUUUGGGGCUGAGUCACCCUUAGGUGGGUUGGUUGCUACUUGCACUGGGGUGUGGAGAUUGGGGAGUCACACGGGGCACUCCGUGGGGACACAGGCUAGGGGCGAUUCCAGUGCCACCCAGCUCCCCUGAGGUGGCUGGGAGGGGAAGCAAAAGCUGAGGGAACUGAGGGAACUCAGCACCCAAAGCAGCAAAGGAUGAGCCAGGGCUUUGCAGCGGGAGGAAGCAAAUGCCUCCUCCUCCUCCAGCAGGACUCUGCUGGAAGCAAUUUCUGAGCUGCUUGCACCCUCUUGCUCCAGGAUAAAAGCUUGGGGUUCAGCACCCAGAACCAUGGGGUUUGCACCCAGAGCUAUGGGGUUCAGCACCCAGAAUCAUGGGGUUUGCACCCAGAGCUAUGGAAUUUGCACCCAGAGCUAUGGGGUUUGCACCCAGAAUCAUGGGGUUUGCACUCAGACCCAUGGGGUUUGCACCCAGAGCUAUGGGGUUUGCACUCAGAACCAUGGGGUUCGCACAAGCGCAAGGAGCAAAGCCUGUCCACAACAAGAGGAGCCGCAGAGGAGGUGCUGGUGAGGCUGAGCAGAGGGAGCAGGAUGGGGUUUGGGGUCCCAGCGAGCAGGACCCGGUGUCCCCAGCCCAGCAGUGCCUGCGCCCCAUGAAGCAGGAGGGUGGCAGACACAAUGGGCCGGAGUUCAGCGGGACGGAGCGGGGCAGGGGCAGCCCAGUGGGUGCCCACCAGCCCCAUCAAGCACCCCUCGCCCUGGUGGCAACCCAGCAGGUGUUGGCACCCCAGGACAGACAGGG